CAUUUAUGGGGUGGCAAUGAGCUUGGUCAGCCUUGGAUGAUCCAUGUCAUUUGUGAACCCCACCACGAGGGGCAUGUACAUCUGUAAUCCCAUGUUUGUUUUGGCCCACAACUUUUGUGAGUUAUGGAGUUAGCAGUUCAUUUGUGUAUCUCACCAUGAGGGCAUGUAUAUGUGUGAUCUGAUUUUUGUUUUGGCCCAACAUUUUUGUAAGCGAUGGAACUAGGAGUUCAUUGGGACACAUUGAUGGUCUGAUUGAUCAAUUUGGACCACACUUCGUAGGCCAUUAAGCAUGGUUUUAAAUGUCAGCCAUAUCGGCCGCCCCCUUUACGUGAUACAGUGUGAACCAGUCUGUUAAGAAAAGAAUGGGCCCCAUAUCAAACUGUAUCGACCAAUAAAUGCCAAUAUGCCAUGUGUUGGCAUCAAUUCAGGGCCGAUGUGGCAUAAAGGACCCAUUCUGAUUUAUCAACCCUUCAUUCACUAGCCUUUCGUGCAUAGGGUGUGGGAGGGCUUCUUUGCAAUCUUCAACAUUCACUGGUUGAUGCCGGAGUCGGUAGAUGAUUGCUUGCCGGCCUGGCAUGGUAGAGGGUGCGAGAAGGAAAGGUCAUAUGAUGACUAAUCCUAUUGGCUAUGUUGUGGAUCAUUUAUGGGGAGCGGAAUAGUCCAUGCUUUCAACCUAGGAGAGAGUCUGUGGAAGAGGUGGUGCAGAGGGUUGAGAGCAAAGUGGUGGAUUGGGUGUCCAGCUCGAGAGCCGUGGAUGUUUUUAAUCUUUUGUCAUUCUCUGGGAUUUUAUGUGACUGCUACAUUUGGCUUCAGGAGGGAUUUGCUUUUUCACACUGCACAACUUGCAAAGCACAAUUCCAUCUUCGAGUAGAGUUGCUAGAGGAUUACUCCUGGCGGAAGAUAAAAUUCAGAAUUUUUGUGGCUAGGGAUGUGCUCCUUGUAUUCUUAGCAGUACAAACUGCAAUCGCUGCAAUGGGUGGCUUUGCGUACUUCAUGGACAAAAAUGGCAAUUUCAGGAAUUCUUUCAGUGAUGGUUGGGACCAUAUAUUGUCGAAGCAUCCUAUACCCUUCUACUAUUGUGUAGGGGUAUUGAUCUUCUUUGUGCUGCUGGGGUUUUUUGGGCUGAUACUACACUGCUCCUCGUUCAACCAUACCGACCCAUGCAUGGCUGGAUGCCGCAACUGCUGUUAUGGAUGGGGAAUCUUGGACUGCUUUCCAGCAUCCAUGGAGCUAUGCUUCGCGUUGCUUAUCGUCUUCAUUGUCAUUUUCGCCAUCCUUGGCAUCGCGUAUGGGUUUCUCGCUGCAACCAUGGCAAUCCAGAGGAUCUGGCAAAGACAUUACCACAUCCUCACCAAGAGAGAGCUGACAAAGGAAUAUGUAGUGGAGGAUCUCCAAGGGUGUUAUACGCCACCAAAGCUGGAUCCAGAACACGAGGGACGUCUGAAAAUGCUCAAGCUUCUGUAGAGGCAGUGCCACAGAUUGUUUUCUUUUUUCUAUUAUCAGAGAAUUGGAAUGCCCCGGUAAUAUGAGAUAGCACCACUAGUUAUUUUACAAUAAAAAUGUAGUGCUUUCUAUUACUUGGCGGAGAUAGGCAAUCAUUGUAUGAGGCCACUGUUGCCUGGUCUUAUGAAGGAACUUGUAAUUGGCUGGGUGCCACUGCCAUGGGGUAAUCUAGCCAGCCUUUAUUGAGCCUGAUUGGGCGUAUCUUGGUUAUUGCAACGAUGUUGGCCCCCCAGAACUGGCGUCAUGUAAGGGGGUGGCUCCCCUGGAAGUCGCGAUAUUCUAGUAUCUGCCUCAGUUUCUUAGUUUUGUUUUUGUGUAAAUUACAGUGUAAACCCAUAAAAUUCUGUGAGAUAGACUUCAGUGUUAAAUGCAUAUAUAUUCAAGUUAUUUGUGGUA